CAAAUCGAUGGGUCUCGAGCUUUUAUUCUCACUUUUCCUUUUAUGAUUCAUGGACACUCGUGGAUCGAUGGAUUACACAGUAUCCUAACUGGCCAAAGUAGGGAAUAUUAAGGUGUUUUAUAGUUAGUUUAUAUCUGACUUCUCUACAAUGUUUUUCUAAAAUAGUGCUGCUGACAGAGGUCACUGAAGGAGUUGUGAAAGGACGCGAAGGUGAGCCUCAUCUGCUGGACUGGACUGGACUGGCUCCGUCACGGACAAUGUUCUCGGCAACGGGAAAGCGUUGUUUUACCAUUGAGUCUUUGGUGGCUAAGGAAAGCCCCUUAACACCAGAAGACCCCAUUCGCCCUACCGCCCUAAGCUACACGGCGCCUGCUGACAGUUUUCUUAACGGGUAUCAAAGCCCCGCAGGCCGCGCGCUCUACCCAAACCCCGAACUGGUGUUUUCGGAGACUGUAAACCAUGCACCUCUCAGCAUGCACCCACAGCAGCUCGGCAGCACACACCUCCAGCACCCGCACUUCUUUGGCACGCAGCACCGUGAACCACUGAAUUUCUAUCCGUGGGUCUUAAGGAACAGCUUUUUUGGCCAUCGGUUUCAAGGGAACGACGUCUCGCAGGACACGCUGUUACUACACGGACCUUUCGCGAGGAAGCCGAAGCGGAUCCGCACCGCGUUCUCGCCCUCUCAGCUGCUGCGCCUGGAGCGAGCCUUCGAGAAGAACCAUUAUGUGGUCGGAGCCGAACGGAAACAGCUCGCUAACACCCUCAGUCUGUCCGAGACUCAGGUGAAAGUGUGGUUCCAGAACCGCAGGACCAAGUAUAAGCGACAGAAGCUGGAGGAAGAGGGCCCGGAGUGCACACAGAAGAAGAAGGGAAACCACCACAUUAACCGCUGGAGAAUUGCCACCAAACAGGCUGGAUCUGAGGACAUAGAUGUCAUGUCUGACGCCUAAGACCAACCUAAACCCUACCCAAAUGAACACACAAGACCAAGAAAAGCACUAUUUAUUUAAUGUUAUUAGUCAUGAUAUCUCAGAUUCUAAACCUAACUGUAGAGAACCUGACCACUUGAAUGUGGUGAUUGUGAAUUAAGGAUGAAUUAAACAGGUCAGCAAUUAAUCUACCACCAGGACUGAACACUAUAGUUUUUUAACAUACCUCUGCUGGAAUUAUCCAGUGUUUGAGACAUGCAUCACCUUUAAGAUGUCUUUCUCUCGCUAUUUUUUAUUUUAUUUUAUUUUAUUGGAAGAAAUUAUAUUUAAAACUAACAAUGAAGUUAAUUUUCACAAGUCAAUAUUUUUAAUUCUGAUUAUUUUGUUGUUUCUUUGUAUAGUCGGUUACUAAACUGGACAUUUUUUAUUAAUUUCAACAUGAUGUUGCUAAAUUCAUCAAAAAAAAAAAAGAGAAGAAGUUGUUCCAAAUGCUUUAAAACAUGCUGAUGAAAUUGGUGUCAGCUUUUGGUAAUUACAGCUACUAGAUUGAAAUAAGGUUAAGUGAUGUGAGGAAUCAGUUUACCAGCCAGUUUUAACUUGACCACCCUGUACCCACAGCAUAGAGGCAAGGGUGUAUGUGUCUGUAAAUAAUGGUCUCUGUAUCUAAAGGAGUGUAGGAAUUGGUGUUAGAGUGCUCGAGUGUAACAGGAUGAGUGUGUGCAUGUGUGUGUGCACGCGUGUGUGAGUGAUUUGCAUGAUGUCAUUUGGUAGGCUGACUGGUAAAAACAGGCUGAUGUAUGCUGGUUUCUCUGUAACAGCUCCUUGAGUUACAAACUAAAGCGAAUGUUUGCCAAUUUACACAUUAGCUUCUUUAUAGUGUUCCUUCAUCUCAUUUUCAAGCAAAACAUGAUCAGAAAUGUCCAUAAUUAAUAAAGAUGUCUCAGAGACAAGCAGCUCACACGAAAAAUAAUUUACCCCUUUUUUUUUGCACACACACACACACAGCCAGCAAUUUCCUCUCAUCUCACCAUGCUAACUUCCUGUCAAAAGAAACCGAGGAAGACUGUGUUAUAUGAAGGUGACCUUUCAUCUCAACAUUUGACCCUGAGCCUGCAGUGUGAGCAAGGGUUGUGAGAGUGAAAAGCACAGAUUGAUGACACCUGAGUAUCACUGUCAAGUACGACAAGAGCGUAUUGAGACAGAAGGCGAAAAAGAUUGUUUUGGUGAGUUUGUUUUGAUGCUAUCAGAUAUCCAAUCCUGGGUGCAGGUGCACACAUCACAUCCUCUGUCGCUUUACAUUGCACAUUCCAUGCAUUCCCUAAGAGCACUCUUUCCUCUCUGAAAAAGGAAAGACACUGAGAAAUAGAUGGGCGUUUGUUAAUGCAUGUGAAAGAGUAAGAACUUUCCAAAUGCGCAUUUCUUUUUGUGAGACUGUACAAACUGUAGCUGCACAGUUUUAGUGAAAAUGAUCUUAAUUUGAAUGAUAAAAGACUAAAUAUGUGACAAUAAAAACAUGUUAAUUGUUUAAUGGCAAGUACCUUUACUAUAUAUGAGCUAAUGUGAGACUUCAUUAAA